AUGCUGCAGGAGAACGCAACAGCGGGUGGGACGCAGCAACCAGUCAAGAUUGUCUUUCCUGGCGGCCUUACUGAGAUCUACCUGCAAUUUGCCAACAUUUCAGCGGACGAGUCGCUGGGCAACGGGCGGUUCUCGGGCUACUGUGUGGACCUGUUCCGCCUGGCCGUGGCCCGUCUCCCUUAUAAGCUCGACUACGAGUUUGUGGAGUACACCGGUGCCCUCAUCAGCUACACCCAGAUGGUGCAGGCUGUACAGAAUAAGGUGAAGAUUUAA